UCGUUUGGGAAUUAUGCGCGUUUAUAUAUUUUGGUAACAUAUUUUUUAUUUACACACUAGACACAUAACAUCUAAGAGAUGUUCAGAAUCUAGUUAUCGAAUUGGUGUCCUAUAUAUAUGAGGUCGGCGUGAAUCGAGACACAGUAACCAGUUGUCUGCAUACAAGUUUAGAAGUCAAUAUGGUGCGUCUCACAGUGGUAAUACCAUUUUUGUUCCUGGUCGCCUGCGUCUGCACAUAUCCAUCUAAAACUCCAGAUAAUGAAGAAUUAAACGAUGACCGCAACAAUAUAAAUAAUCAAAGUACAACAACAACAACAUAUAAUUACAAUAAUAAUGGAUCAGGCAGCGUUGGGCAGACACAAAAUACAAGCAUUACACAACACUUUGGAGACAUCAACUACGGUAAUGGAACCUCAAUACCAGCCCAUAUAGUUAAUAUCAACGGUGGUGUCGCUAAUGGAGGGGCCAGCUAUGGAAGUGGUAAUGGUGGACAUGGUGGCUUCAAUACCUUUUAUGGAGAUAAACAUCAAAAGAUGCACGUUGACUCAGGACACGAAGACAAAGGAGGGGAAGGCGGCAAAGGAGAUGGUCAAAUCACGACAAGCGAAGUUGUCAUUACCAAAAAUAACAAUAACCAAGAGAAUAGAACAGAAAACAACAACCAGGAACCUGUUACUUUAUUAGAAGCAAUAUCUUCUAGUAAUGGACCAAUAAACAUGUCUAUAACUGGAGGUGGCUCGGAAGCAGGAGCACAGAGUAUAAACGAUCAAAAUGUAAGACCAGGAAAUAAUAAUUCUAAGAAGACUGACAAUGAAUUUAAUAAUGAAGGUGCAGGAGAUGGGUCACAUGAUAACGGUAAUGAUAAUGGGCAUGAGUACACUGGAGGUCCUGUCGAGCGUUGGGUGUGGUCAUAAAGAAAUAAAGGUUUGAAAUAAAUAAAUGAUUAUGAUAAAGAUAAGGACACAUCAUGUAGAAGGUCAAGUUGACUACAUUCCCUGAAGACUCUAUACCAUUAGGACUAUUGUUAAUCCGAGUCGAUGUAGUAAGAAAUACGAGAUUCCAAAUUGUUUCUAGCGCACACAGUGGUUUAAAUAUCUGUAUGUUAAAUUAUUAUAAUAAAUGUUUAUUUUCAUGUUAUUUUAUUUAGAAAUUAAGUUUAUUUG